AUGGGCUACACAUCAACUGUCUGGUCGUUUGGGCUGCUCAUUGCCUCUUCGUUUCCGAUCCACAAGGCCGCCGCAGCACCAGGCCAGGCGACCACCGUGUCAAGUUGGAAGGUUCAAUCAUCUUCAAAAACCGGAGACGAUGUAGCGAAGCUCUCCAAUCCCAAUUUGGAUACGUCCAGUUGGUACGGUAUCGGCUCCCGUGGGACUCUCAUGGCCACCUUGCUCGAGAACAAAGUGUACAAUGAGACGGACCUCUUCUUCUCGAACAAUCUCGAAAAGGUCGAUUCAGCUCAGUUUCGAGUACCGUGGUACUACCGAUCGGAUAUAAACCUCAGUUCCAGCGGCGGCUCGUACUUCCAAUUGAGAACCCAUGGCAUCUCUUCGAGGGCGGAUAUCUACUUCAAUGGAAAGACAAUAGCAGAUAAGAAUGUGCAAGCGGGAGCCUACACGGGACUGGCAUACGAUAUCACCAAGCAGGUCAAAAGCGGCAACAACACGCUUCUCAUAAAGGCAUACCCUACCGACUACAAUCGCGAUCUUGCGCUCGGAUUCGUCGACUGGAACCCUUACCCGCCAGACAAUGGUACAGGUGUGUGGAGGGGUGUCCAGAUCACAGAGACUGGCCCGGUCUCCAUAUCAUCGCCUCGAGCCAUCUCGACACUACGGCCACUGGAGGCGCAUGUCAGCAUCAGACUCGAUGUCCAGAACUGGUCAAAUCGUGGAGUCCAGGGAGAGGUGACCUGUCAAAUAUCGGAUCCUCAGGGGAACGAAGUUGGGAAUCCGAGAGCCGAAUUCCGCUUGAGUGCCGGAAAGAUUGAAACGCUCACAUUCAAUGUCACAAUCUCCAACCCGCACAUCUGGUGGCCCAGGCAAUGGGGCGCCCAACCCCUCUACACGACUACCUGUACGGCAUCCACGGGCGCAGGCGUAUCUGAUCGUGCUCCACCUACAAAGUUCGGUAUCCGAACUGUAACGUCCAACCUCAAUUCAUACAACGACACAACCUUCUAUAUCAACGACCGCCCCUUCCAAGUGAUUGGCGCGGGCUACACAUCCGACAUGUUCCUGCGUUUCUCGCCCACCAAACUGCGCGCCCAAUUCGAAUACAUCCUAGACAUGGGCCUCAACACGGUGCGCCUUGAGGGCAAACAGGAACAUCCCUACCUAUACAGCAUGGCGGACGAGAUGGGUCUUAUGAUCAUGGCAGGUUGGGAGUGCUGCGACAAGUGGGAGGGCUGGACGUACAACGACGAGGGUUCCGGCAUCACUUGGACGGAUCCCGACUACGACAUCGCGAACAAGUCCAUGCGGCACGAGGCAGAGAUGAUGCAGUCCCAUCCCUCCAUGCUCGCUUUCCUGGUUGGCAGCGACUUCUGGCCCGAUGACCGCGCAACAAUGAUCUAUGUCGACGCCCUUCGCGCUUUCGACUGGAAUAUCCCCAUCAUCAGCUCCGCCUCCCAGCGAGGCUAUCCGAAACUGCUCGGCAACGGAGGAAUGAAGAUGGACGGACCGUAUGAUUGGGUUCCACCAAACUACUGGGGCGCAGAUAAGCUCGGAGGCGCGUUCGGCUUCGGGAGCGAAUUGGGCGCCGGCGUUGGCACGCCCGAGCUAUCCUCGCUGAAGAAAUUCCUCUCCAAAAGCGACAUGGACGAUCUGUGGAAAAAUCCCGAUAAAGGGCUCUACCACAUGAGUACAUCAGUAUCCUCCUUCUACACGCGCAAAAUCUACAACGACGCGCUCUGGGCGCGCUACGGCGCCCCGACGUCGCUCGACGACUACAUCCUGAAGAGCCAAAUGGCCGACUACGAAGCCACGCGCGCGCAAUUCGAAGCGUACGCGUCGCACUGGGGCGCCUCGCGGAAAGCCACGGGACUCAUCUACUGGAUGUUGAACAACGCCUGGCCGUCGCUCCACUGGAAUCUCUUCGACUAUUACCUCCAUUCUGGCGGAAGUUACUUCGGCACGAAGAUGGGCGCGAGGAUGGAGCAUGUGAGUUUUGAUUAUUCGACGUGGUCGGUGUGGAUGACGAAUCGCGCGAUUGAUAAGGGCGGGAUGAGGACUGUGGAGGUCGAGAUGGUGGAUUUAAAGGGCCGGACGCUGUGGAAGGCUGAUCCGUUGGACGUGCAGAUGAGACCGAAUGAGGCGAGGUGGGUGGUGGUGUUGCCGAUGGGAGGGCUCGAGGGGAAGGGCACGGUGUUGUUGAGGUUGGUGAUGCAUGAUAAGAAGAGGGUCAUCAGUAGGAAUGUUUAUUGGUUGUCUGCGAAAGAGGAUGAAUUGGAUUGGGACAAUUCGACUUGGUACCACACUCCCGUCUCCUCGUAUGCCAAUUACACCGACCUUGCCACCAUGCCGCUCGCAAACCUCACCGUGACGCCUUCUGGAGCUAGUAAACUUACUUUGCAAAACACCUCACCUAUUCCAGCUGUGUUCAUCCGCCUCAACCUGGUGGACAGUGCCGGAGACGACAUCGUUCCUGUCCGCUGGUCAGAGAACUAUAUAACGCUGUUCCCCGGGGAGAAAAUGGAUGUCACGGUCUCAUACGAUGUAUCCUCUUGUUGGAAUGCGCGCGUUCAGGUCUCUGGGAGGAAUGUCAAAGCGGGAAGUGUGCAGUUGGGGUAA